UUGGGGCAGUUUUGUUAUUUUGGGAAGUUUCAGCUUUCAGCCGAGAAGUCUCCCAAGAUGAGGACUUUGAGGAAGCCAUUAAACGGCAAAAUUUAAAGCUUAGAGCCUUGAGACAAGAUUUGGGUCUUUGAAAAAAAAAAUUCAAGACAAAAGAGAGUAAAUUCUUCGACACCCAUCACAGAUCAGAUAAUGAUAUGAGAAUGGAAGAGAUUGUAGAGGAAACCAAUGGAAAACACGAAAAGAUGGUGGAAAUUACUCUCAAAAUCAUUGGCCCUGCUCGCCCUUCUCGCCUUCACGUCCCUUGUUCCCUCAGAGUUCAUGAUUUGAGAAAAUUGAUAGCUGGAAAGAAUCGUUUACCAGUAGAGAAUUUGAAACUAAUCUCACAAGGGAAGGUAUUGCAUGACCGUGAAGAUGAAGAUGACAUUUACAUACAACUCAAUGAUGGUGAUUCACUUAUUGUUGCUGUCAAACCAAAGGCACCAAGUGGACUCGAUAUUGACGAUGAUGAGGAAGAUUUGAAAUUUCAGCUUCCACAGUCAACAAGUUGGUGGAAAAAGAAGCUUUACUCGUUUUUACUAAAUAGAUUGAAGCUUCCUGAUAUCCUUUUGAUGGCAAUUUUUUCUCUAAGUCUUAAGGCAUGGAUUCUUGUUAUCUUAUGGUUUAUACUGGCACAUGUUGCCCAUAAAUGGGAUCUUGGACCAUUAUAUAUACUUGGAACUGGUUUUUGUACAAUUUUCCUGAACCUUGGACGGCGGCAACCUGGUGAUGUCAGUGCAUAUUCCAUCUUCAAUGAAGAUUUUAGAGAGCUUCCUGGGACCCUGAAUGCAGAUGCCAUUGAUAGAGAUAUAAGGACAGGUCAGUUUUGAGCCACUAUCCCACCAUGUGGGAUUAUCAAAAUGAUUGAAACAAAAUUGUAAAGGUCAGUUUUGAGCCACUAUCCCACCAUGUGGGAUUAUCAAAAUGAUUGAAACAAAAUUGUAAAGACUUCUUUCAAGCAUUGCUUGUCUCCUUAAUAGAAAAUUAGUACUUUCUAUGUUCAUCUUCAUAAA